AUGUGCCACUUUCAGGUCUCCUCACACUGCUGGUGGGUUCCAUUUUGUCAUAGGGUGCUGGCAGAUUACGGGCCUCCCAUUGCUGCUGCCAGGCCCGUAAUCUGCCAUGGGCCCCUGUACCGCCUCCUCAUGCUGCUGCCAGGUCCAGAGUGUCUCAUGGGUCCCUGUACGGCCUCCCAUUGCUGCUGUCUCCAUCGCCACACUCUGCCAUGUGCCACUUUCAGGUCUCCUCACACUGCUGGUGGGUUCCAUUUUGUCAUAGGGUGCUGUAUGGCCUCCCAUUGCUGCUGCCUCCACCGCCACACUGUGGCUCCACACUCUGGUUUUGACCCCGUGACUGCCCAAAUGAGUGAAGUGUGCGGUGAUUCUAAGAUCGACGGCACUCAUCUGCAUGUCAUACUG